UUUCACGGGACGCUGUUUACACUGUUUAACUGUCUGCAACGUGUAGAACAUAAAGGCCCCUAGUUUAACAGUCUGAGCACACGCCGUGAAGCGCGUGGCGCAGGUGCGUUUAGGGCGUGUCCCUAUCCAAUUCUGCUACUACUAAAAAAUGUUUGGUUGCACUUUGUCUGUGGACCACACCUCUUUUUCAGACCAACACUCCUAACCCUAAGCUCUGGCCACAAGUAGCCUACAUUUACUUUGUUAAACUAUGUGGGUGAAAAAAUUACAACUGGGUCAGCUGGAAACUAGUAAUGACACCUGGGUUGCACUUUGCACCGGGUGCUUGAAAGGGCGCCUGGAACGGGAUGGAAUCAGUCUGUCAGCUGUUCUUGUGUCUUCAGGUGGUCUCCUGUCUUCAGCUGGUCUCCUGUCUUUAGGUGGUCUCGUGUCUUCGGGUGGUCUUCUGUCCGUCAGCUGUUCUCGUGUCUUCGGGUGGUCUCCUGUCUGUCAGCUCUUCUCGUGUCUUCGGGUGGUCUCCUGUCUGUCAGCUCUUCUCGUGUCUUCGGGUAGUCUCGUGUCUUUGGGUGGUCUCCUGUCUGUCAGCUGUUGUCGUGUCUUCGGGUGGUCUCCUGCCUGUCAGCUCUUCUCGUGUCAUGAAGUGGUCUCGUGUCUUCGGGUGGUCUCCUGCCUGUCAGCUCUUCUCGUGUCUUCGGGUGGUCUCCUGCCUGUCAGCUCUUCUCGUGUCUUUGGGUGGUCUCCUGUCUGUCAGCUCUUCUCGUGUCAUGAAGUGGUCUCGUGUUUCGGGUGGUCUCCUGUCUGUCAGCUCUUCUCGUGUCUUCGGGUGGUCUCCUGCCUGUCAGCUCUUCUCGUGUCUUCGGGUGGUCUCCUGCCUGUCAGCUCUUCUCGUGUCUUCGGGUGGUCUCCUGCCUGUCAGCUCUUCUCGUGUCUUCGGGUGGUCUCCUGUCUGUCAGCUCUUCUCGUGUCUUCGGGUGGUCUCCUGCCUGUCAGCUCUUCUCGUGUCUUCGGGUGGUCUCCUGCCUGUCAGCUCUUCUCGUGUCUUCGGGUGGUCUCCUGUCUGUCAGCUCUUCUCGUGUCUUUGGGUGGUCUGUCUGUCAGCUCUUCUUGUGUCUUCGGGUGGUCUCCUGCCUGUCAGCUCUUCUCGUGUCAUGAAGUGGUCUCGUGUUUCGGGUGGUCUCCUGCCUGUCAGCUCUUCUCGUGUCUUCGGGUGGUCUCCUGCCUGUCAGCUCUUCUCGUGUCUUUGGGUGGUCUGUCUGUCAGCUCUUCUUGUGUCUUCGGGUGGUCUCCUGUCUGUCAGCUCUUCUUGUGUCUUCGGGUGGUCUCCUGUCUGUCAGCUCUUCUCGUGUCAUGAAGUGGUCUCGUGUUUCGGGUGGUCUCCUGUCUGUCAGCUCUUCUCGUGUCUUCGGGUGGUCUCCUGUCUGUCAGCUCUUCUCGUGUCUUUGGGUGGUCUGUCUGUCAGCUCUUCUUGUGUCUUCGGGUGGUCUCCUGUCUGUCAGCUCUUCUCGUGUCAUGAAGUGGUCUCGUGUUUCGGGUGGUCUCCUGUCUGUCAUCUGUUGUCGUGUCUUCGGGUGGUCUCCUGUCUGUCAGCUCUUCUCGUGUCUUCGGGUGGUCUCCUGCCUGUCAGCUCUUCUCGUGUCUUCGGGUGGUCUCUUGUUUCGGGUGGUCUCCUGUCUGUCAGCUCUUCUCGUGUCUUCGGGUGGUCUCCUGGCUGUCAGCUCUUCUCGUGUCUUCAGGUGGUCUCGUGUCUUCGGGUGGUCUCGUGUUUGUUAGCUUUUCUCGUGUCUUCGGGUGGUCUUGUGUCUUCGGGUGGUCUUGUGUCUUCGGGUGGUCUCCUGUCUGUCAGCUGUUCUCGUGUCUUCAGGUGGUCUUGUCUUCGGGUGGUCUCCUGUCCGUCAGCUGUUCUCGUGUCUUCAGCUGUUCUCGUGUCUUCAGCUGCUCUCGUGUCUGUCAGCUGUUUGCGUUUCUUCAGCUGUUCUUGUGUCUUUAGCUGUUAUCGUGUCUUUAGGUGGUCUUGUGUCUUCAGCUUUUCUUGUGUCUUUAGCUGUUAUCGUGUCUUUAGGUGGUCUUGUCUUCAGCUGUUCUUGUG